AUGAAAGCGGUCAUCCAGAGAGUGAAAUCUGCGUCGGUCACGGUAGAUGAGAAACUGGUCUCGUCAAUCGGCCGCGGCUUGCUUGUUCUUGCUGGCGUAGGCAAGGAGGAUACCGAAAAGGACGCAGACACUCUCAUUCAGCGGAUAUUGAAGGCCAAGUUAUGGCCUGCCGAAGAAGGCGGCCAAUGGAAAAGGAACGUGCAAGACAUUGAGGGGGAGGUGCUGUGUGUAUCACAAUUUACUCUCUACGGUCAAUUGAAAAAAGGCAGCAAACCCGACUUUCACGAUGCAGCCGACGCGGAGACAGCACGGAAACUAUACGAUUACUUCUUCCGCCGGCUGCGCGAAGCGUACAAACCUGACCGGGUCCAGAACGGCGUCUUCCAGGCCAUGAUGGAUGUCGAACUGAAGAAUGAUGGGCCGGUGGGUGUAGAUUACCGCAGUGAGGAUGCGGCGGUCACAAUCGAGAUCAACACCAAACUGGCGAAGGAGAAAAAGCCCGGGGAGGGCCAGAAUAAGCCGCAGGGCGAACGGAAAGACGGCGAGACGCAAACCAUUGAGUUUGAACUACCAGCAUCACUGCUGGAAUAA